CCGGGGCGUGUGUGAAGGAGGCGGCGCGCGCGACGGCGGCGGCGGCCGGCCCGGUGGCGGUUGGUGGUUGUGGUAGCGGCGGAGGAGAAGGAAGCGGCGGCCGCAGCAGGAGGGGCCGCGACGGGCAGACAGAGGGGGACAUCAGCAAGCAGGAGCGGCGGCAGCGGAAACGGAAGCGGGAGGAGGAGGAAGAGGCGGGCGGAGAGGCGGUGGCGGCGGCGGCGCGCGCGCCUGCCUAGUCCCGGUCGCGAGGAGGAGGCGGCGGAGGAGGAUGUGGCGCGCGGAGGGGAAAUGGCCGCCGAAAACAAGCCGGAAGGUGAGCGGCCGUGAGGAUGAUCAUGGGAACAGCAAUGGAAGUCAUGUAAAAAUCUUUUUACCGAAAAAGCUGCUUGAAUGUCUACCAAAAUGUUCCAGUUUACCAAAAGAGAGGCACCGUUGGAACACGAAUGAGGAAAUUGCCGCAUAUCUAAUAACAUUUGAAAAGCAUGAAGAAUGGCUAACGACCUCCCCUAAAACCAGGCCUCAGAAUGGCUCCAUGAUCCUAUACAACAGGAAGAAGGUGAAAUACAGGAAAGAUGGAUAUUGCUGGAAAAAACGGAAAGACGGGAAGACCACCCGAGAGGACCACAUGAAGCUGAAGGUGCAAGGAGUGGAGUGCCUCUAUGGCUGUUACGUCCAUUCCUCGAUCAUCCCCACGUUCCAUAGAAGGUGCUACUGGCUUCUUCAGAACCCGGACAUUGUGCUGGUACAUUACUUGAAUGUACCUGCCAUAGAGGACUGCGGGAAGCCGUGUGGCCCCAUCCUUUGCUCCAUAAACACCGACAAGAAGGAAUGGGCCAAAUGGACAAAAGAGGAGCUGAUUGGCCAACUGAAACCAAUGUUUCAUGGCAUCAAGUGGACGUGCAGCAAUGGGAACAGCAGUUCGGGGUUCUCAGUGGAGCAGCUGGUGCAGCAAAUCCUGGACAGUCACCAGACCAAACCACAGCCCCGGACGCACAAUUGCCUUUGCACUGGCAACUUGGGCGCAGGUAGCAGCGUGCACCACAAAUGCAAUAGUGCCAAACACCGCAUCAUAUCACCAAAGGUUGAACCGAGGUCUGGCGGGUACAGCGCUCACUCCGAGGUGCAGAACAAUGACGUCUCCGAAGGCAAGAAUGAGCACAGCCACGGCAAGUCCUCCAGCAGGGAGAAGAGGAAUGGCAAAGUGGCCAAGCCGGUGCUUCUCCACCAAAACAGUACAGAGGUCUCCUCGACCAAUCAGGUUGAAGUUCCCGACACUACCCAGAAUUCUCCUGUGUCCAUCAGCAGCGGAUUGAACAGCGAUCCAGACGUGGCAGACAGUCCAGCAGUCACCGGGGUCUCCAGCAUGGCCGUUGCCUCAGUGAUGGGCAACUUGUCACAGAAUGCCACGGUCUUCAUGUCGGAUGUGACCAGUGACGGUGUCUACACCAUGUCGCCCACCACUGGCCCAAAUCAGCACCUCCUCACUUCGGACACCACUGCGCAAGGACUGGUACUGGCCGUGAGCUCAGACGGCCACAAAUUUGCCUUCCCCACUGCCAGUAGCUCCGAGGGUCUGUCCAUGUUGCCUGCCGGUGUCUCUGAAGAGCUGGUGCUCUCCACAACGCUCGACAGCAACAGGAAGAUGCCUGAAACCACCAUGAAUUUUGACCCUGACUGCUUCCUUAACAAUCCCAAGCAGGGACAGACCUAUGGAGGAGGGGGCCCCAAAGGAGACAGCAUCGGCAGCAACAUCAGGCAGUCACCCACGACGGAACGCGGGUUCAACUUCAGCACAGCCCUCACAAAGGAAAUCAAGACUGAGGACACGUCCUUCGAGCAACAGAUGUCCAAAGAGGCCUUCUCUUCCUCUUCGUCGUCCAACUCACUCACCCUUACAACCGGUUCCGGUUUGCUUCCCUCCGGAGGGGGCCUAAGCCCGAGCACCACCUUGGAGCAAAUGGACUUUAGUGCAAUUGACUCCAACAAAGAUUACGCCUCCAAUUUCAAUCAGGCCGUCCAGAGUCCCCAUGUCCAUCAGACCCCUUCCCCCAGCUUCUUCCUACAAGAUGCAAGUAAACCUCUCCCCUUGGAGCAAAACGCCCACGGCAACCUGAGCGACACGAGCAGUUCCUUCGUCAACCCUCUAGGGCUCCCCAAUGUGAAGACAGAGGCCUCCUCCCAAAACACCUCCAACUGUAAUGGCACAGUAGAAGCCCGGAUCGAGUCCACCUCUUCGUUGCAGCUCAUGCAGUUCCAGGCAAACUUUCAGGCCAUGACGGCGGAAGGGGAAGUUCCCAUGGAGACCUCGCCGCAGGCAGAAGGGAAUGAGAAUCUGCUAAAACCUGGUGACCUCCAGACCUGCAGCUCAGAGCACUAUAUGCAGCCUGAGGCCAACGGCACCUUGAGGAAUGGGAGCAACCUGCCCAUUCUGCAAGGGAACAUGGUGCAAGGCCUCUACCCUGUCGCCCACCCGAGCUUGAACAACUCCUCCAACAUGGAACUGAGCUUGGACCACUUCGACAUCUCCUUUAGCAACCAGUUUUCCGAUCUGAUUAACGAUUUCAUCUCGGUGGAAGGCGGGAGCAACACCAUUUAUGGGCACCAGCUAGUAUCAGGGGAGAGCGCUGGGCUGUCACAGCCGGAAGAUGGUAGCCGGGCAUCCUACAGCCAGGCAGAGAUGUGCAUUCCGUGCUGCAGCCCCCAGCAAGCCAACCUGCACCUCAGCAGCGCAGAGAACGGGGCCAGCGCCAUGGCGUACAUGCACGUGACAGAGGUGGUGUCAGCUGCCGCUGCACAAGGCGCACUCGGGAUGCUCCAGCAGAGUGGGCGCCUCUUCAUGGUGACGGAUUACUCACCAGAGUGGUCUUACCCUGAGGGGGGCGUGAAGGUGCUUAUCACAGGCCCAUGGCAGGAAGCCAGCAAUAACUACAGCUGUCUGUUUGAUCAGAUCUCUGUGCCUGCUUCGCUAAUACAGCCGGGGGUGCUGCGCUGUUACUGCCCAGCUCAUGACACCGGGCUAGUCACGCUGCAAGUUGCCUUCAACAAUCAGAUCAUCUCCAAUUCGGUGGUCUUCGAGUACAAAGCGAGGGCAUUGCCGACACUGCCUUCCUCCCAGCAUGAUUGGCUGUCCCUGGAUGAUAACCAGUUCAGAAUGUCUAUCCUGGAGCGGCUGGAGCAAAUGGAGCGACGGAUGGCCGAGAUGACUGGAACUCAGCAGCACAAGCAAGGCGUAGGCGGGAGCAACGGCAGCGGCAAUGGAGGUAGUCAAGCACAGUGCGUCUCAGGGGCCGCCAACUUGGGGAACUGCUUUGAAAGCCGUGUGGUGGUGGUGUGUGAGAAAAUGAUGAGCCGGGCCUGUUGGGCCAAAUCCAAGCACCUCAUCCACUCCAAGACUUUCCGGGGGAUGACCCUUCUGCACUUAGCUGCCGCCCAAGGCUACGCUACCCUCAUCCAGACCCUCCUCAAAUGGCGCACCAAACAUGCUGACAGCAUCGACCUGGAGCUGGAAGUAGACCCCUUGAACGUGGACCAUUUCUCCUGCACUCCGCUGAUGUGGGCAUGCGCGUUGGGCCACAUGGAUGCAGCCGUGGUGCUGUACAAGUGGGACCGCCGUGCCAUCUCUAUUCCUGACUCCCUUGGGAGGUUGCCCUUGGCUAUUGCCCGGUCGCGGGGCCACGUGAAACUGGCCGAGUGUCUUGAGCAGUUGCAGCGGGAGGAGCAAGCCCAACUCCGACAAGAUCCCCGGAUCCCCUCCCCUUCAAACGAAGAGCCCAGCAGUGAGACCUGGAUCACGCAGUGGCACAGCGAGAUGGUUGCUUCUCAAGAGCCCCACAAGGGAGUCACCGUGAUUUCCAAUUGCAAUACAGCUUAUGUUGGUGUCUCUGCGGUGCAGAUGACAGGCAGCCCAAAGGGGCUGGUUCUAGGGAAGGACUUGGGGGCCCAGCGGUUGCGUCAGCGGGAGCAGAUGAGCAUGUUGAUGAUGGCGGACCGGGAGAUGGCAGAAGCAGAACUGCUCUCCUUCCGGAACAGUUCGGAAAGCGAGGACUGCUUGCACCAUAUGGACGAUCUGCAAGUGACCAUGAUGACACUGGCAGAGCAUAUCAUUGAAGCCACACCAGAGAGGAUCAAGCGGGAAAACUUUGUGCCAAUGGAGACGCCACUGGUAGAGAGAACGGAGAGUGCUGCCAUUAGCACCUCAAUGAGCUGGCUGGCCAGUUACCUUGCGGACGUUGACCAUUUACCAAGUGCUGCUCAAAUAAGAAGUCUGUAUAGUGGAACCCAGACCCCUUCUUCCAACACCAGCCUGAGCCCUGCAAGCUCACCAGUCAGUGAAAUGGCUUUUGAAAAGCCCAGCCUCCCUUCGGCGACUGACUGGUCGGAAUUCCUAAGCGCCUCCACCAGUGAGAAGGUUGAAAAUGAGUUUGCGCAGCUGACCCUGUCCGACCACGAGCAGAGAGAACUCUACGAAGCUGCCAAACUCGUCCAGACAGUCUUCAGGAAAUAUAAGGGACGGCCCCUCCGGGAGCAACAAGAAGUGGCCGCUGCUGUCAUUCAGCGUUGUUACCGAAAAUACAAACAGCUUACUUGGAUAGCCUUGAAGUAUGCACUUUAUAAGAAGAUGAUUCAAGCUGCCAUCCUAAUCCAGAGCAAAUUCCGAAGCUAUUAUGAGCAGAAGAAAUUCCAGCAGAGCCGGCGAGCUGCAGUGCUGAUCCAGCAGUUUUACCGCAGCUACAAAGAAUGUGGCAAGAGGAGGCAAAGUCGCAGGACGGCUGCCCUCGUGCAGCAGAAACUCAGAAGCAGCUUGCUCACCAAGAAGCAGGACCAAGCUGCUCGCAAAAUCAUGCGGUUUUUACGACGCUGCCGCCACAGAGCGAAAGAAUUGAAAAGGGCCAAGGAACCUGAAGAGAGAGACGGCAGCAUCCCGUAGCAAUGUGACAUUGCUUUUCAGACUGUUUUCAUUUUCUGUUUUUAGCAGAAACAUGCAACAACAAUUACAAAAUGAUUUAAUUAUUAAAAAAAAAAAAAAGAAACUGACUGCAGGGCCGAGAUUAUUCGGCUGCAGGAUUUUAACAGUAAUGUUUAGUCAUUACAUUUGCACUUUCAUGGACAACUUUUAAUUUGUUCAGCAAGACAUCUUGGAACUCAAAUCUUUGGUUGGAUCACGGGGUUGGGGGGGAAAGUGACACCGGAAGGAGUUUUCAUGAGUUGCUUCGUUCCGCUCAAAAAAGAGAAAAGAAAAAAAAAGAAGCAAUUAAUUAUCCUUUUCAUAUAGGGCUGUAUUAAAACAAAAACGUGUGGAACUGUACAAAUAGUAUACCAAAAAAAAAAAAGGCAAAAACCCACAACCCAAGAAUGCUAUUCCUGCUCCUGCUGCUCACCUCCAAGAUCCAGAAAGGCUGGGAUUCUCCGCGGAGAGGCUUUGAUCACCUUCCGUCUUGCUUACGUCCAUCCCCUCCUCCAUUUCCUUUGCUCGCCUGUCUUUCUGUUCUUCAUCUGAAAUCUCUCUUUACCACACACUCGAAUGCAACUUUUUAGAUCUGCUGGUUUUCAAUACAUCCCCGUGGGAGUUUUUCCUGAAAGCUGUCAGUGUUUUUAAGGCAAACGGGUAUUUGCAGGGGGGGUGGGGGUGGGGAGAGAAUGGCGAGGAGCUCAAGCAAAAAUUUCCUUUUCUUGGUGUCUUUAUUUUUUCUCUCUCUCUAGGGCCUUCAAGGAUAUCAACUGCCAUGCACUUCUCAUAUUAGGCACUUUAUUUUCUGGCCUUACUUCAUGCAAGAUUUUUACUUCUGUAUUUAACAAGUUAUUUGUAAAGCGUUUCAGUAACCUGCAGACCUCUUGUGAGACCGAAAAGUCACAUGCAAAUAAGUUGACUGGACGUUUAUACCACCUAAGGGGGGGCAGUGUGGUGCUGCAUUCUGGCCAGUAGAUUUCUUGUUUUGGCUAUUUCAUCAAAAAAAGAAAAGAAAAAAAGAAAAUUUAGGCAGUUUCUGUACAUAGAGAGAAGGUAAAAAUGGAAAUGAGAAAUAUUUGAAAGGGAAUAUAUUGAUUAAUUGCUAAAUAUUUUAUUCACAAAGGGUCAAUAACUUGGUGAGAGAAAUUUGAUUAUUUGUAUAGUUUUGUCUGAAUGAAAGGGCAGAGUGUGGAUGUAUUGUUUGUACAUAUUGUAUAUACUAAAACAGAUGUGCAUGAAUUCAAGGAAAAAAAAGAAAUGAAAAAGCAAAGCAUUAGUGGCUAUGGUCUGUAAAAUGAAACAAAAACUUUAUUUCACUAUAAGAAACUUUAUUUUAAAUGUUCUUUAGAAGAACAUUUUGCUAAAAGCAUGACUAAAACUGCAAAAACAAAAGAGCUAAUGUAUUUAGACUUAGGAAAAAAGGCAAAGUAACAUUACUUUUUAAAAAGGAUAUGUUUACAUUUGAUUUUGGCUACCAGGAGUUUAUUUAAAUUUUUUUAACCUUCUUGAUUAUAUUUGACUUUUUUUUAAUUUUAUUUCUCCUUUUUUUUGCCAAUGGUGCCAAGUAAAGUGAAUGCUAAUAUCGCUUAAGAAAAAAAAUUAAGUUAUUUUGCAAAGCAGAUAAUCAUAAGAAUACAAAAUUGUAUCUAGCUUAACACCAUACACACACUCCAAUAAAGAUCACUUAGAAUGAACAUAAACUUUAAAAAAAAAGAAAAUAAAAAGAAAAUAGUAUUAAAGUAGAAAAAAUGUUUCACAUGUCCAUAUUUCCUACUGGAAGUCAGACAAUGUACUGAAAAAAAAAUUGCACAAAAAUUUAAAAAAGUAAAAAAAUUAAAAGAUGCAAACAGGUUUGUAGGGGUGUCAUGGUAUAUUGCUAUUUCCACAUAGAGAGGAGCCAAAGAAAUCCGUUUUAAAUUAGCCGUUUCAAUAUUAAAGCUAAUGUGAAAUGAAGACCAUGGGGAGGGGGCAGAACCUGAUUUUUAAACCAUUUUCUGCUUUGUCUGAAGUGGGACUGUUUUGGCUUUUCACUCGAUGUAGCUAAGAUCAGAGGUGGACACUGCCUCCCCCUCCCUCAAUGUGUCUCUUGCUUAUGUUCAAAGUGGGUUGAUGGUCUUACCUUUUUAGAUGCUUGAUGUAUGAACGCUCACUCUUGCUUGACCCCAGCCAUCAGGUGAAAUGUAUAGUCUUGCUCAAAAGGCUUGUUGUGAAGCCUAAAAAUACUCACAAUUCUGCGACUCUUUUAAACUGGUGUCUUUGAAAAAAAAAUUUAAAACACAAAGAUAGUGGCAAAAAACCCAACCUGGGGUCAGUGCUCUUGGUGCCUUUUCUAUCAUAACUGUAUCUUUUAAUUACCUUCCUUUCACUGCCAGGAUUGAAAAAGAAAUAGCCGUUAUGUGUGCUGAAGCUUGUUCUCAGAGUCUGUACAUUUGUUAUUUGCUGCUGUCUGGCCCAAUUCAAUAAAAAAGAUGCCAAAGAAAUUUGGCUCCCAUGCUGUGGCCAGAGGCAGCCUCGGACCACGCAAGGAUUUUAUUGAACAAGGCCUUUGCACAAAAAGUAUUCCACACACGGGAAUUAGAAUCUGCAAGGAAAUCCUUUGGAAUACUCUGACAGAAUUGACAUUUGACAAUAGUACACUUUCCGUCUUCUUUUGUAGUAAUGUUAUGAGCAGAGAUCACUGCUUCCCCCCCGCCCCCUCCUAACAAGAGUAAUGACCCCAGUGGAAAAUUUCAGUCCCGUUUCAGUUUCUCCCAAGGGGUUUCAGAUUCAGUACUAUACUGAAGUGUUUUCACCGUUAACCCUUCCAGAUCCACAGGUUUGGUGGUGCAUCAACCCGUUGGCAGUCUGACCCUCAAUGCGCUGUGCCGGAGCAAGUCCCAUAGCAAAGGAAGCAGCUUGUGCCUGCAAGGCAGCUUGAGGAUCGUGGCCGUAGUCCCUCCCUCAGUUCCAAAGAGAGCUCAGGGGUCCACCUGUGUGCUUAAAGUUUGACAUGUGCCAAAAUGCCUUGCUGAACUGGGGCCGUGACUUUUUGCCACAUUGGUGACCUCUGGCACAUUCCGCUUAAAAACACUCCCCAAAUUAGUAUCAAGUAUUGCUGCUUGCCCUUAACUCGGUUGCGGGACUUGGUUAGCAACAGGGAAAAACCCAGGCGGGCCUCCUGAAUAACCAGGCUUCCCAAGCAGCAGGGCCCAGCAUCCUUUUGUGUCUCCCCCCAAAACCUGGAAUUGCUCCUUUGUGUGACAUCACCUGUGAGAAACGAACAAUACUGUGUGAACGAAAUAAAGAAUAUAACAUGAACCCCCUCCAUGGUUGCUCGCUUCAUGGCAGUUCCACAGAGUAGUCGGCGCCCAAAUAAAGGGGAGGGGGGGUCCCCCAAGACUUGCAUGUCAAACUAGUAUAGAUGUCUCUUUUGUAAGUUUUAUUUUUGUAACUGCAUGUAAAAGCAUCACUGAAUCAAUGGAUCUGUCGAAGAACUCAGCUGCUGGAACCAUGCAAAAUGUUUUGAAUUGCCCUUAAAAUAUGGAAAAUGUUUUCUGA